AUGGAGAUCACCGAUAAACUUUUUCAAGCUUUGCAAAGCCAAUCUCAAGACAUUUUAAAUGCCAUGCAUUUAGUUUCAUCUACUAAAGCACUUAUCCAAAAAUUUAGAGAUGAUGGAUGGGAUGGCUUACUCACCACUGUGAUAUCAUUUUGUGAGAAGCAUUGCAUUGAUGUCCUGGAUAUGAAUGCUCGUUAUGUUGUGAGGCGAGGUCGAGCUCAUAAUCAGCAAGAUAACGUUACAAAUGAGCAUCAUUAUCGAGUAAAUAUUUUUUAUGCUACAAUAGAUUCUCAACUACAGGAACUAAAUUAUCGAUUUAAUGAAGAUGCAAUGGAGUUACUUAGGCUUAGCUCAGCUUUAGAACCUCGAGAGGCAUUAAAAUCUUUCAGAAUUAGUGAUCUUUGUUUGUUGGUAAAGAAUUUGUAUCCACAAGAUUUCACAGAUUAUGACAAACAAGUGUUGGAGAAGGAGAUUUAUCAUUUUGAGCAUAAUGUAGUCCAAGAUCCAGAGUUCAAAAAAUUGAAAAGUUUAUCUAAGUUGUCUCAAUGGUUAGUGAGAACUGGAAAUUCAGAAUACUACAAACUUGUUUAUAGAAUGAGACUUGUGCUUACUCUUCCAGUUUCUACUGCUACUACAGAGCGAGCAUUUUCAGCUAUGAAAGUUGUCAAAACUGACCUUCGAAACAAAAUGGAAAAUGAUUUUUUGAAUGACUUUUUGAUGUUAUACAUUGAAAAGGAUAUAGCUUCGACAUUUAGUUUGGAUUCAAUAGUAGAUGAUUUUGAAGAUUUGAAAGAGCGUCGAGUUCCCUUUUCAUAG